AUGGAUUUGCUGGCUCCCAUCCACCCUUAUCCAGCCAGUGCUGAUGCAGUAUGUUGGUGGCGCAACGACGAUGGUAUUUUUACAGUAAAAAGUGUCUAUUCGGUCAUUCGGGAUCGCGAUUUGGAGGUGGCGGUUGACAAUAAGGUAGUAGCUUUUUUGAACAAGUUCUGGAAAUCUCACGUGCCUUCGAAAAUCAAAGUGUUUGGUUGGCGGGUUUUGCAUAAUAGAUUACCAUCCAAAGACCAAUUAGUCAAGAGGGGUAUUAUUAACAAUUCGCAAGACAAAUGGUGCGUGUUAUGUAUGGAAGAAGUAAAAGAUCUCAACCACCUGCUAUUCAAAUGUGGAGUUUCUUUAAAGGUAUGGAGUGGCAUUUUUGCUUGGCUGGGUUUACAAAAUAUGCUUUUACUGGAUGGUGUUUAUCACCUAGAACAAUUAUGUUUAGCUCUAAAAGGGAGGGUCAAUAAGAAGAAGUUAUGUAAUAUAUGGUUGGCAACAGUUUGGACUAUUUGGAAUACGAGUAACAAAAUCAUAUUCAACGAAGGCGUCCUUGCAAUAGACGACGUUACUACAAAUAUCAAAGUGACAUCGUGGAUUUGGCAAGCGAUUGGUUCGUCAGGGGAAAAGGUUUCGCCAUUUUAUAACUGGUACCAAGCUCCCUUGAUUUCGAUCAAUGUUGUAUAA